UGGUGAAUUGUCUGUUCUUCAUAUUGGAUCCAGUAGGAAUGCUUGGAGAAGAUAGCUGAAUCUGAGAAGAUUAAAGAAAGUCAAAGGGAAAAGGGGAGAAUUGGACAAAAUAAUGAGAGAUUUAUCAAUCUGAAUGAAGCCGGCUUUUUCUCAAGAAAUUAGGUAUCUUCAAGUAAAAUGAGGAAUCCCAUACCUAAUGGGUUACAGGUGGAAAGACAUGACAUGAAUACCUUGAGUUUACCACUUAACAUCCGCCGUGGAGGUUCUGAUACCAACCUGAACUUUGAUGUACCAGAUGGGGUCCUAGAAUUUCACAAAGUCAAACUCAAUGCAGAUAGCUUGAAACAGAAAAUCCUCAAGGUUACAGAGCAAAUCAAGGUUGAACAAACAGCUCGAGAUGGAAACGUGGCUGAAUAUUUGAAACUGGUCAACAGUGCAGACAAGCAACAGGCUGGGCGCAUUAAGCAAGUCUUUGAGAAAAAGAACCAGAAAUCUGCCCACUCCAUUGCCCAGCUGCAGAAGAAAUUGGAACAGUAUCACAAAAAGCUCAAGGAUAUUGAACAAAAUGGAUCUUCCAAAGCUACCAAGGAUACUUCCAAAGAUAACUUGAAAGAUGUUCAACAUGGAAAGUCUCGUAGCAGUGGGCAUGGAACGGAGAGCAGCAAGUCGGGCGUGCCAGGUGUAUCUUUGACACCACCUGUCUUUGUUUUCAGCAAGUCCAGAGAGUUUGCCAACCUGAUCCGAAACAAAUUUGGUAGUGCGGACAACAUUGCUCAUCUCAAAAAUACUCUGGAUGAAUUUCGGCCAGAAACGAGUUCUAGAACCUAUGGGGGAAGUGCCACCAUUGUUGCCAAACCAAAAUACGUUAGUGAUGAUGAAUGCUCAAGUGGGACCUCUGGAUCAGCAGAUAGCAACGGGAAUACCUCCUUUAGUCCUGCUGUGGCAAGUACCUUGGACAGCCAAGGAAAGCUUUCCAUGAUUUUGGAGGAACUAAGGGAAAUCAAGGAGACACAGUCCCAAUUAGCUGAUGAUAUUGAGAAUUUAAAAACCCAAUUUAAAAGAGACUAUGGCUUUAUUUCUCAGAUGCUACAAGAGGAAAGAUAUAGAUACGAAAGAUUGGAAGACCAGUUAAAUGACCUCACUGACCUUCAUCAAAAUGAGACAGCAAACUUGAAACAAGAGCUAGCCAGCAUAGAGGAGAAGGUGGCAUAUCAGGCCUAUGAGCGAUCACGAGAUGUUCAGGAAGCCUUGGAAUCAUGCCAGACCCGGGUUUCCAAACUGGAACUCCAUCAGCAAGAGCAGCAAGCACAGCAGUCUGAAACAGUCAAUGCCAAAGUGCUCCUGGGGAAAUGCAUAAAUGUUAUCCUGGCCUUCAUGACUGUCAUCUUAGUGUGCGUUUCUACUAUUGCGAAGUUCAUUGCUCCUAUGAUGAAGAGCCGUUUUCAUAUCAUCUGCACUUUUUUUGCAGUGACGCUGCUGGCAAUAUUUUGUAAAAACUGGGAUCAUAUCAUUUGUGCUAUAGAAAGAAUGAUUAUACCAAGAUGAAGCUGUUGGACUGUCUGCUUUUUUCUUUUUUCUUUUUUUUUCCCCCCCCCUCUUUUCUUCCCCUCCCUGUUUUUUAUGCACUAUGUGUAUACAAAUUCUGGUGAAAAUAUAUAAAAGUAUACUUGUUGGCAGUCAGUUGCCUGUUCAAUUUGAUUUUGUUUAACUGGCUGUAUCUGUGAUGAACUGCUCACUUAAGUCAGUCUUCUGCCUUAAUCCAAAAGGUUUUCCACUUUCCAAACCCAUACCCACAAAAGAUGGUAUGAUGGUCUGGGAGGGAUCCCAGCAACUCCAAGUUGCUGGUCAGGUGUGCUUUUAACUAGGCUGGAGUGCAAAGAGUGUGAUCAGGAGGGAGUGCCAUAAUGUGUAUCAGCUAGUUGGACUGAUAGUUAAUUUUCUCUCUGAAUCCAACUAGAGUGAUAAGCCAAACUAUGCAGACGUGUGUAUCAGUAGCUCUAAAUUCUAAAUCAAUGCGUAACAUUACAUGAGAUUUUGAGUUUUCAAGACUAACAAAACUUGAUGCUUCUGCUAGUAAUUUUUUGCACAGAAUUUAUUGUUUGUAAAUAAGACCAGUCAUGACUAUUAUUGACCAGUCAGUUGUUCUGUCCUGGCACUGUUCCUUAUCACAUUCAGGAAACACAUACAUGUGGCAUAAGACUUCCAAAGAGGGAUUGAAUUGAAUUAUAAGAUCCCCAGACAACUUUGUAAAGGACUUAAGAAGCAAGUAACUGGUAAGAAAGUUGUCAUUCACACCAAAGCACUCACUUGUUCAAGCCCUGCAACCUGCAAGGGGAAAGAAGUACACAGAAAGGCAACAUGGAGGUUAGCCUUUGUUAGCACUGAAUUGUUGGGGUGUUCUAACUGAAUGCAAAGCAUACAGGUGUUGGGACCCUGGGUACAGUGGAUUUCUUUCUUCUUUCAGAUUAAAGAAUGUGGCAGAAACAUGAGGGAACAGCUUCUUAGGGGGAGCAGGGAGUUAAACUUCUGUAUAUAUAGGAACUGUAGACACUCUCAACAAACAUUCCUGAAAAUAAUGGAUUAACAUGCAGUACCACUACUAGGAGACAGGGUUGGGUUUGUUUUCCCACUGGAAUUUAUUUUGUGUGAUUUAAGAACUGCAAAUAACUUGAAAUCAGCUUGGCUUUCAGCCAUGAUGUAAAACAAGAUCUUUAUUAAAAAUAAACAAACAAAAAACACCACAAAACAAACCACCACAAACAGAAUUCUUCUUCACUCUCCAUUAAGUGAAAAAAGUGUCUCCAAUUAUUUGAUGUUCAGUGUUAGUAACUGUGAAAAUAAUUGUCAUGACAUAUUUUCUUUUCAGUUGCAGUAUUUUUUAUGCUGGUAUUAUGGUAGGGUGGGAGGGAGGGCAUAGUUUGAUGUGUAUAUUUCUUUUUAAUCAAGUGCAAUAGUUGGUAUAGAAGUUGUGAAGACCUUAAUCUGAGGAAAGGGAGUGGGUGAGGGGAAAGCAGAGAAGAACUUUGACAUUCUACCACAGUCAGAUAAACAGUUACUAUUUGUAACUUCAGGAAGUGAAGAAAGGACAUAAUUCACUUAAUAAAUAAUGACAUAACUCAGCAUUUAGAAAAUUCAAUUAAAAUGCUUACAAAUAUUUAAAGAAUUCUUUAUAUGUGCUAAGUCUUUGAACAGAGAAUCAGGAAGGACUGUGCUGGUUUGCAGUCACUGUAAAUGGCUCAGAUCAGGCACACCCAUGUAAUCCUAGCCCAGCCCUACCUCAUCUCAAGAGGGAAGUCAAGUGGAAUCCAAAAGCAAACAAACAAGAACCCAAACAAGACCAACAACUGGUUCUGAUCCUAAGAAUGUUGUGACUCUUUGUGGUGUUUUCUUGCCAUCUCUCUUAUAAUCUCCUUCUAUUCAGCUGGCACAGCCAACUUCUGCAUUGGCCUCUUGAGAAAACAGUUAGUUUAGCAUUUUGUUAAAUGGGUUCAGAAGGGUGGACAUGCAAGAGAGGAAUAAUGUGUUAAUAAUGUUUACCUGAGAAAAACUCCUUUGCCUAUUGCAUGAUUUUACAUUUAUAUAAUCGUCCCAGUGCUAUUUUAUGUAGUUGAAAUGUUACAUCAGGUAGCCUCAAGGACAGGCAGGAAAAGUUUAGUGUUUUUCUUACAACAAAGGAUGUUGGUGUGGUACAACCUGGGAAUGUGAAGGCUUCUGUUCCAAGGGCAUCCUAUUACAAUUCUGGAAGAUGACCUCAGUGCAAAAUGAGGGUAGGAUUUAAAAUCGAUGGCUCUACAAAAGAUUGCUCACUGUCUUGAUAGAAUCUGACUGGGCCUAAAUUAUAAAUUGGAAACAGGAAGGUCUUGCAUUUCCAUAUUUGCUUUACCUCUGGCAGAGGACACAGAAAAAGCUAUAAAGGCUGCAUAAUGUUAGUUAUGUAAAUUAAAACAACCUAAUUGUUUUUUAGGUUAUUUUCUCUGCUGGGGUGAAAUCACUGGAGGAUGUGACACACGUCAAAAAAAUAAUAGAAAAUGUAAAGUGAAGGGUAAGAUUCUGCUUUUGAGUGAAACUGUUGUGAUUUUGCACAGAGUGAGACUGCAGUGCUAGGAGCUGAGCUGUGUAGAAGGCCACCCAAGGAGGGAGGUCUUCACCCUCCCAUUUCCUACCUUGUGCUAACACUGGUACGUGGUGAAGUCUUCCAUGUGCCAUGUUCACUCACUAGACUGGAAGAAAAACCUGGUGAAAGAGGUAGAUGAUUCUCCACAUCUAGGCUUAAAGGGCUGGUAAAAAGGUCUCAUGAGUAUGAAACUGGGAUUUUAAGGGAGAUGAGCUUUUUUCUUCUUGUUGCAUUGAAUCAUUAGCUAUCCCUAAAACUGGGUUCCAGGUUUGCAGAUUAUUGGGGCAGCUUCAGUAUAGAAAAGUUCUUUCUAUCUUUUUCCUACAGGAACAUAUACAAGCAGCCCCAGCAUGUGGUGGGACAGGCUAGCCAGUUGUGUCUAUACUCGGGAUCAAGAGAAGGCUGGUGCCUGAGCUAGGCAGGGCUGAUGCCUCUGCCAUUAGCUUCAGUAUGGGCAUCACUUCUCCCCUUUAGGCUGUGAUUAUGUAUUUUACAUAUUAGUGUGUGUAUCUGGCCUGCAGUCUGAGCUCUGCUUCCUGUGAAAGUAUGCCUAGGCCAACCCAAAGAAUUGCAGUUCUCCUAAUGAGAGCUCUGUUCAGCUUCUCAGUCAAUUAACUGUCUUCUGCCAGGAUAGCAUUUGCUUUUAUAUUCUCAUACAGCACACCACACAAUCUUAGGAUACUCCUUACACCUACUCAUCAUGAGCCUCUAAAACACUCCCACUUAACAAAAAGUUGCCAGACAGUGUUUUUUCUGCUUGGUGCUGCCUGGUAAGCAAGUAUUUCCCUUCACUUUGGUAGUAAUUCUCUGAUGGAAAAGCCCUUCAGUUGUUAAAACCUGUUCUAUAGGCUUUUGGCAGCUUUUUGUUCCGAGGUUUCUGGAGAUUUAGCUUCUUAUGAAAGUCAGCACAGUUUUCCUGAUUUCUCCUAUUUCAGCAUUCAAGACUAAAUGAGGUUUCCUCUAAAAAUUGUCUAAUGGAUCCCUUUGCUAGCUUCAGCUAUAACUCCAUUAUUGUUGGAAGUCCAAUUAACGAUUGGCCGGACUGAUUGAGACCCAGUUUAAAUUCCUUCUUCUUUCUGGUUUACGUUAUAUGCAUUCAUGCAACUUCUCACUUUAUUGCACUCCUGUGAUGUCUAUUUUCUCUGAAUUCUUAGAGAGGAACUAAAAAAUUUCACUGCAUUUUAGUUUAGUAUCAAAAUGUUUGUAUUGUGCAGUACCUCUGCUGCAGGACACCUAUCAAUACAGAUCUGAUGUCUGCACUCUGGGAAGGAUAUUUAAAAGCCAAUGGCUUUUUCUUUAAACAAAUCAUGACUGCUUAUCUGAGGAAUAGUAAUGUGAAAGGUGAAGACAAUUUGCUGUAGGAAAGAUACAUGAUCCACUCACCAGAAGCUGAAGCUAGACAAAUCCAGUGUAAGCAUAAGGUUCAGUUUUGCAAUCAUAAGGGCUGCCAGCUAAUUAUUAGCUACUGAGUAACGUAAUAAACAAGGACUCCAACAUUUGAAGUUGAAUUAGUUCAGGCUUAUGUUUGAUACAAAGUUAACUGUAUACUAACAACUAGUGCUUUCUGAAAUCAAAAUCAUUGAAGAAAUUCAGGAAAGGAACAAGAAAACACAGAAGCUUGUAGUUAAUUUAGAAGGUACGAGAGCCAAUUUUCUUGUUUAGUUGUUUUUGUUUGGGGAACAAAGUCCCUUUCCACUGUGAUAGAGACAUUUUACUGCUGCAUUCAAUGAUACAACAGAAGAUAAACAGAGAUUAAUGUAAUUAAACACUUUAAUUUUGAUAGCAGAAUUUAAUCCCUUCUGAAAGUCCAUCUAGGACUAGCAUUCAGGCAAAUUUAUUCUCCACUAUUUUUAAUCAACCAAAUAUAUGUCUGCUUUCUUCAUUCACUAUCAUGCCAGAACAUGGCCUUUAAGUACCAGAGAUUAUAAAGGGCUUGUUUUCAGAUAAAGUUGGAAUUAUCUCUCUGAUGCUAAUCCUGCACAAAGCAUCAGACAUUUUUGCAUUGCAACAGUGAAAGAGUUUAGAAAAUAUUUAUUUUAGUCAAUGAAAGUGCUUAUUCUCCCUGAAAAACCCAAUUGAGAUGAUGAUGUAUAUAAGGACUGCAUGAGACCAAGUCAACUUGUCUUGUACAGUUGAUUUGCUGUAGGUUUAGCAUAUUAAGUUGUAGUGUUGUUGGAAAGUUUUGCACAAAGCCACCUUUCCUUUUUACCCAGGGAACCUGGGUCUGGUAGUAUCAAGGUGUACCAAAAAUCGUCUGCUUUUAUGAACUAAAGUUAAUUGUCUUGGAGUGUGACAUGCAAUGUUUCUCAUACUGUUUCCAUUGUGUGCAGCUCUGUGGAAAGUUUCAAUUAUGAAAAUGUAAUUUUUGUAUAUUUGGUUGUGUAGUCAUGACUGCCUCUAAGGUGCCAUUAACAUUUUUUAAAAUAAAAAUAAAAAUAUUUACAUUUAUUUGGUGAUGAA